AUGUCUUAUGAUGAUAAUGAAAACCUUCCGUCACCCACCAAGGAAUUACGAGAUGUUCCAUUUUCUAGCGUGGAUGAGCUUGGUAGUUCUCCAAUUAUCAGAGACAAAAAACCCGAAAAUAGUGUGAAAAAAGAAAAUACAAGCAAACUUAAUGAAAAAUAUGCUAUGAUGCAGAAUAAUGAAACGCCAUUAGUGUCCAAAGUGGAAACUCCCACAACAUCAAAUCGUCGAUAUACAAAAAUACUUGAUGAUGAAUCAGGAGCAAAUCCCUUUUACAUACCUUCGAGCGCUCAUAAGGACACUCGAGGAAACUUGUUGUUCAAACGGCCUGAAGGAAAUCGAGAAGAAAUUGGUCAGGGUAAUGCAUCUGAACAGGAAUUUUCCCUUCGAAGAACGGUGAUUGAAUCGUUAGAGUGCCGUCAGAAUCAAACUUUCAGUAAUGAGGGAGAACCUUCUAACUUUCCGCCUAGAGUUUUUCCACAUGAAUCUACAAUGACCAGGCCACAAAACGUUUCAACACCGAAUUUUCGUCGCGAUGGGCAAACAUUUUAUCCAGAAACUCCUCGUUGGAAAUCGGCGCCCCGACCUAAAACAUCACAUGCAUCCCCUUUUGUUACCCCACCGCAUCGUAGGCAGCAAAAGUCUUUUCCAAAUACCAUGAGAAAACACGCGACUAGGUUUACAUCAGUGUGGCCUCCUAAAUUAUUGUCGUCAUCAUCUUUAACAGAAGACCAAGAUGAUGAGGAAAAACUAGACGAAUUGCUCGGGCCUGCACCGGUAUCUCCAUCGCCGAGGGUGCCCAGAAAACGAGCUUACA